ACAGAGUGGGCGAAGAUGGCGUCGAACAAGAAGAGUGGUGGGAAUAGCAGAUAUGAGAAAGGUGUGAAUGGAAGGCGCUCAUCGAAACACAAAGAGGGUCCAGUGGGACCAGACACCAGCAGACAGUCAAGUUUUAACAACUACAGAAAAUAAUGUGAUGGACACCAAGGCAGUGUUUGCGGCCGUGUACAGCGUGUGCGAGGAGAAUGCCACUUUCUAUUCAGGAGGAGCAAAGGGGCCACAGGGUGAUGCUGCGCGGCGGUUGGUGGAUGCCAUGAAGUUGAUCAAGGAACACGCCCGUGGUCUUGAGCCUGUUAUUUCCGGCUUUGCUUCAGUUUACCAUCAUUUUGACUUUGACCCACACAUACCUGCUAAUGGCUAUCGCUCACUGGUCAAGGUGGUACGCUGCUGUCUUCUUCACAUCAUCCAGAAGGGGCGCUACAUCACUGCCAACCGUCGCAGCAUCUUCUUUCGAGUAGCACACAAUGCGGGGGAGAUGGAGGCCUACUGCAGCGCUCUGUGCCAGUUGCGCGCCCUGCUCUAUCUGGCUCAGCGCAUGCUUCAUGACAACAGCCAUGGCAACCUUUUUUUCCAGGAUGAAAAUGGCCUCAGCGAGAGCUUUGUCCGCGAAUACUCAUCCAUGCACAAGGGGUGCUUCUAUGGCCGAUGCCUUGGCUUUCAGUUCACUCCAGGCAUUCGGCCCUGUCUCCAGACCAUCGCUAUCGGCCUUGUGGCCUUUGGAGAAAACUACAAACGGCAUCAGUCAGGAAUAGGUGUAGCAGCCAGCUCUUUCUUUACUUCAGGGAAGUACGCCAUUGACCCAGAAUUAAGGGGGGCAGAAUUUGAACGCAUCACCCAGAACCUGGACGUCCAUUUCUGGAAGGCCUUCUGGAACAUCACUGAGACUGAAGUCCUGUCGAGUCUUGCCAGUAUGACAUCCACUCAAGUUAAGGUGAACCGGGCUCUUUCCGUACCCUCCGUGGCCUUUGACCUUCCCCUGGCGGCCAACCACAGGACAUCUGUAACUAUAGCUCCACCAUCAGCGCACAUCGGCACCGCACCUGUUCAGAUGAGGCUCAUCUCUUAUGACUUACGUGAAGGACAGGACAGCGAGGCUCUGCUAUCUCUCUCCCGCUCUGAGGGGGGAGCCAUCUCACUAUCGCUGGGGCUGAAGACGAGGUGCCUCCCUUCGUCUCCCUGCCUCCUAAUCCACUUCCAUGGGGGAGGCUUUGUGGCCCAGACCUCCAAGUCCCAUGAGCCCUAUCUAAAGAGCUGGUCCCAGGACCUUGGUGUCCCCAUCCUGUCAGUAGACUAUUCUCUGGCCCCUGAAGCUCCCUUCCCAAGAGCCCUGGAGGAGUGUUUCUACGCUUACUGCUGGGCUCUGAGAAACCACCACUUACUAGGUUGGACUGGGGAGAAAGUGUGUCUGGCUGGUGACAGCGCGGGAGGCAACUUGAGUGUGACUACAUCGAUGCGCGCUGCUGCCUUUGGUGUGCGAAUGCCAGAUGGCAUUGUGGCAGCCUACCCGGCUACCCUGCUGACCGCCUACGCAUCACCCUCCCGUCUGCUAACACUUAUGGAUCCCCUGCUGCCGCUCAGUGUGCUCUCAAAGUGUCUCAGCGCCUACGCAGGCAACGCGCCGCAGACAGAGACGCGGGUAGAGAAAGUGAGCACACUGAGUCUGGUGAGGAGAGACACAGCCCUGCUGCUAAGAGAUUUCCGACAAGGAGCCUCCAACUGGAUCCACUCUCUGCUGGAUCCCAACAGAACCUCCGCCUACCCCAGUGCUCCUGCAGUAGCACCACCAGCAGCCACUGAUACAGUGAGGAAGAGCAUUUCAGAGGCGUCCAUCUCGUCUCCUCACGCCGACCCCCCUGUACCCUCCGAUCCCUCAGAGUUUCCCACCAGGAAAUUAUCUGUGAAGAGCCAGACUUGCCAGGACUUGGGAUCCCAUAGCAAUUGUUCUUCCCAGAGUCCACCGCUGCUCUCUGAGUGCACUCCAGAAGAUGUGAAUUUCUUCCUCUCCAAGGAUACCGAUCCCACCAUGUCCAGCGACCUGUCUUCAGUGGCCAUACCACCCCCUGCUGGCGAGGAGGGAUCAGAGCUGGAGCACCCUAGGGAGUUUCCCCUGGGGUUUGAGCCACUGCGCUCAGAGCAGCUGGCUGAGAUGAAGGUGGAGAGCUCUCCAGUUGUCAAGGAUCCUUUCUGCUCUCCUCUGCUGGCUCCUGAUAGCAUGCUGAAAGGGCUGCCACCUGUGCAUAUAGUGGCUUGUGCAUUAGACCCCAUGCUGGAUGACUCUGUGAUGUUUGCCAAGCGUUUGCGGAACAUAGACCAGCCUGUCACUCUGUGCGUGGUGGACGACCUCCCCCACGGCUUCCUCAGCCUAUCUCAGCUCUCCAAGGAGACGAGGGAGGCAGCCAAUGUCUGCGUGGAGAGAAUUCGCGCCGUCUUCAACCAGAAGGACACACCUCCGGAGCCACGCAAGCACCGCAAGCUGGAGCGGACCGAUAGGGGUGUGUCUGCCUCUUCUGGUGAAGUCGGUUCUCUUUUCGUCAGUCCCAUUCAGGGAGCGGACCGAACUGUUGGGAGAGGUGCUAAAAGUGGUGAUGAGGAGGGCUUAGUUGCUGUGGCAGCCCAGAAUAACUCUGACACUGGUGGUAUCGGGCCUUAAAUAAGGUUAGAUUAAAAAAGGACAGCAAUUCACCCAAGGGAGAAAGAAAGUAAAUGAAAGUCAGACAAAGUAAGGCAGUGCAAUGCCUAAAAGGAAGAGAGAAAGCAUCCUAAAAAGAAACAGAAAAUGAGAUUGCCCAGCUUUUAAGAAACUAAAAAUUAAGAGGAGCAUUGAAAUACAACUUCCUCUGCUUUACAAUUCUUACCAUUUGUCUGUGCACCAUCAUGCACCGACGCAAAUCUGGCAGACAAAACGAGCACACCCACAAAAGACAGUCAUGUAUUAGAAUAAAAUGGUAAUUUAGCAGCUACUUAGAUCAAAGACCAGCACUCACCCACACAUGUGGCACACAUACUUAAAAGAGUUGCCGUUAGGCAGCGGAGGCUAGAACAUAAAGCUGCACAGUGAUACUUGACACGAGGCCUGAAUGGGUGAUUCAUCUAGGCCAAGGCAGGCAUUUGAGGGCCUAAUCAGAUAGUGGUAGGCACACUAUGUGCUUCUGUAUAGAGUCAUCCCAUCAAAAUGGCCACUUGUCCUUUAGGGAGCCACUCUAAAUCACCCUUAAUAACUCUACAUUGUGCUCUCCAUUAUGCCAGUUUGGCAGUCAAUACAGCUCACUUUGUGUAUAGUAACUCUGUUGACUCUCUCUCCAAUAGAAUUACAGAGCUGAAACGCAACAGACUGAAAGGCUCUAAACUGGACGAGUUGAUUUACUUGUUUUUUGAGAUUUUUUGACAGAUUUUAAUCAUAUUAUUAACACUAUGCAGUAGUAUUACUUUUAUUUAUCUUUUUUCUAUUGCUAUAUUUUAAUCCCUGAAUCAUUACAGGUUAUUAUGUUGAUUUGUAUGCUGUAUUAUUUGUUUAAUGUAAUAUUAUGCUGUUUGUUCCAUGUUUAUGUGCUCAAUAUUUACCUCUCCUCCUUGGGCACCGCUGCUCUGACAUCCCUGGCCUUUCCAAUUAAACAUGUAUCAUAUUCUCAGUAAUGCAUACUGAUAGGAUAGAGUAAAUGUAGAAUUUUACACAAGGACACAGUGUCCUAUCUAGAUGCUGCCUGGUGCUUUUCUUAGUGCUGAUAUUACUAAUGCAAAGACUGCAUUUUAUUGAUUGCUACGGUGAAAUCUGUGGAGAUGCACUGAAGAUGCAUUAUUUUGAGGACAAGCACUUGCUUAAAAACUUGGGUCCCAUCUUGAUACAUCUUAUGAACAAUCAUAGCUGUCAGAUGUCUUUUUUAUUAUUAUUUUAAGGCUAGAAACCGUUGCUUGACAUCCUUUUGUACAAAUAAGAGAGGAAGGGGCAGCUAGAAGCCCAACCCUCCACUAUCAAGCUUGAGUGGCCUGACCAAGAACAGAGAUUGUGAGUGUGCUGUGUAAAUGCCAAUGAACUUGCAUUUGGCCAACUAAAAGUGGCUCGAGUUCCAGAUUGUUUGGCUCCCCAUCAUAACAUUGGGGUUGACUGUGUUUUCGAUAACCUGAGGACUCUGCUCUGAAUGUGUUGCUACCAAAGCACUUUGAAGUACACAAAAAUGUCCUUCGUGGGGUCAUUCCCACAACUAAAUAUAGAUGCCAACAAUGCUGGCACUGUCCUGCCCUUGCCUGGUCUGUUACCAGCUAGAGUUGCCAGGUCUGUAGAGAGGGAUGCUGUGUGAUGAAUAGGAUUUAGUUGAAGCUCCGUUCUCCAAAAUCCUCCACCUUGUAGAAGAGCAGGAUUUUCAACUGCAAAGUCAUGCUACAGGAUUAGACCAUGCUCAGUUCUGUCAGCUUGGAGUACUUACUGCAAUAUUUUAGUCAGAUUGAUGGAGGGCCAGGGCCGUGAAGAGGAAGAAAGUAAUACACUCAUCCCCUCGGAGAUACUGGGCUGAAGUUUGUACUUGCUUUACUAGCUGCUGUUUAUGCUCACGCUGCACUUUUGUGGUAGUUGAUCCGUUCAAGUGUAUUUUAAGCUUGAGCUUGUAUACAUGUCAGUGUUCUUUUUUUUUUCCCCCCUUGGUGCCUGUAUGUGUGGCUCCAGUGUCUGCGUGUGCGCAUUCGCGCGACCUGAGUAGUUCCUUUGGUGUGUGAGAAACAUGAGCUCAAGUGUGGGCACGUCCUCUUUGUUUGUGUCGUGUGUUCACAUAAAGGCAAACGCCACUUUAUAGUCAGGAGAUUAUUCAUAGUAUUAAUCAUCUGUUGUUGGGAGCAACCUGUUUGAUGUAGUCAAGCCUGUAUGGGACAACACUCUGUCUGUGAUAGAUACAUUGACUUCAUCAGUACUGAAAACACCACCGCCUGUGAAGCCCAGCAAUACUGACUGCUCAUUGGCACUUUGUUGUAUAAAUGAUGCGAGCUACUAGAAAACAAAAAAAAGUGUCAAAUUCACCCAUUUGCUGUUUAUUGGCCAUCGUAUGGCUCUUACCCUUGAAGACCACUCAUGCAUCAGGCCAACCUGAGUGCAGGUGAUGGACCAGAGAGGCCAUCUGGUAUUUUGAACAGAUGAGUUUACAGGGAUGGUCUGUUACCUUUUAGCUUCUCCACUUCUUUAUUUUGGGGGUUCCACUGAGACUUAUAUGCUGCCUGCAAUAAAGAGCUGAAAUGUUCGUUUCAGUUUCAAUUAGAGAAGCUGCUUCAUAUAGUGUCUAAUUGUUGAUGAUCCACAGACCAACUUUAUAAUCAUAAAUUGUCCUUGUGAGUACAAACUAGCUGUAUUAGUUUGCUGCUUUUUUAUCAGAUUGUACAGCAUACCUCUAGUUUUACUCUUUGAAAGCUCUUCUCACUUGAGAUUUUCUUUCCCCCAGGCAGAUUUUGGUGAGGUGCAAUGCAAAGUGAAAUGCUGCUAUAAACACUAGCUGCUUCAACGAUUAGGUCACCAUUGACAGUAAAGUUAUGCAGUUGCACACUGACAUCACAUCAUUUUUCUCCGUUUUCUCAGUCGGAGCUGUGGUGUUUGUUGUUGUGCAAUGCGUUUGAAUCACCUCAAGGUUGGAUUUCAUAGUUGGUAUACACAUCCAAAUACCACACCAAAUGUUUUAAGGUAUAUCUAACAAGAUUCCUGGAAAGCUAAUUCUUUCACAAAUGCAUCAGUGCAUUAGACUGACCUCAACCACUCCUCAGAAGUGUUUUCUUGUGAGAAAUACUCAUUUGGUCAAUCAGUUACAUGUAUGUAUGUAUGGUUAAAGUUUUGAGCAAAACCAAAGACUGCAGACAGUCUUGUAAUAGAUGUACUGUACUUGCUGUUUAGUUUUUGCUGUGUUAACUGGUAUCGUUGAAAAUGCAGGUGCUAGCCAGUGUCAUAGUCUGUCUGCACUCCAUAUGCAAACUGCUCUGCACUGAAAAAAGCAAUUCUGAUGUAGAAUAUGAUUAUCCUUUUAAAAGAAAGAAGCCAUAGACUGGAAACACAACUGUUAAAAGUUUACUUGUUUUUUAAGUCUUUUUUUUUUUUCUUUCAUCCAAAACACCACAAGUGCAAACCUGUGAAUAAAAAAAAGAAUGUACCUGUAUUAAACAUUAUAUGAUUCAUGUAGAUAUUUUUACUUUCAGAUUUGUUAAUCAGAUUGAUUGCUGAUUGAUUUGACUGCAUUUUCUUUGCAGGUUUCCUAAGAACAUUGUAUUUGGCACACCAUGAGUAGGCUGUUUUCUUCCUUUGAUGAUUAUUAUCUAAAUAAAUAUAUUCUCCCAUGAA